AAAAGCUAUUCGAACAAAAACAUAAUUUUAGUACGCGAAAUAUUUUCAAAUCGCUUAUCUGUCCUGCAUUUCUAUCAUUCUAUCAUUCAUAAUGUUUCGGAGACUAAAAUGCAAAAUAAAUAUUGAAAAUAAAUUUUUGUUGUUUUUAAGUUUCUCGUUAUUUUCCAUUGAAAUAAUUAAUGCUCAGAAAACGAAUGUGGGUCUUAUCUGUGAGAAUGAUAACGCGGAUGUGGAGAGGAUUUUCCAGCUGGCCAUCAACAACGUCAAUCCAGAUAUGGAAGAUAUGUAUUUAAAUGGCGUCUCGAUUAGCAUCGAGCCAGGAAAUGCUUUCGAAACAUCAAAAAAAUUGUGUAAAAUGCUAAGACAAAAUUUAGUCGCAGUUUUUGGUCCUACAUCAUCUAUGGCAGCAAAGCACGCUAUGAGUAUAUGCGACGCCAAGGAACUUCCAUUUAUCGAUACACGAGGUGAUUUUGUUGUUGAGCUACCCACAAUUAAUUUGCAUCCCCAUCCCACACAGCUGGCGGUGAUUUUAAAAGAUUUGGUUACGAUGUUAGAAUGGGAAGCUUUUACUAUCAUUUACGAAUGCGGAGAAUACUUACCGGUAGUCAACGAUUUAUUGCAAAUGUACGGCCCAGCUGGUCCAACGAUAGUUGUUCGCAGAUACGAACUUGAUUUAAAUGGUGAUUAUCGCAAUGUUUUACGACGUAUUAGAAAUUCUGGCGAGACAUCAUUCAUAGUUGUAGGAUCUAUAGAAACAUUACCGGAACUAUUGAAACAGGCUCAACAAGUUGGCUUAAUGACCGGAGCUUAUCGCUACAUUAUCAGUGAUUUGGAUCUUCAAACUCUUGAUUUGGAGCCGUAUCAACAUAGCGACGCAAAUAUAACUGGCAUUCGUUUAAUCUCACCAGAAAACGAGCUUGUAUUGGAAGUUGCGAAAGCGCUGUACGAAGAAGAGGAUCCCUACGUGAAUGUCUCAUGUCCGUUAACGGUUAACAUGGCUUUAGUAUACGAUGGCGUACAACUUUUGGCGGAAACAUUCAAACAUAUCAUGUUUCGUCCUGUUUCGUUAAACUGUAACGAUGACGUUACGUGGGAUAAAGGCUAUACGCUGGUUAACUAUAUGAAAUCGUUGAGCAUAAAGGGCUUGUCGGGUGAUAUUAAAUUCGAUUACGAAGGUUUGCGGACAGAUUUUUUGUUAGAUAUCAUUGAGUUGACGGUUUCGGGACUGCAAAAAAUUGGUUCAUGGAGUACUGAUGAAGGUGCGUCCCUAGAUCGGCCGCCAGCUUCGAUAUCUUCAGAACCAGACCAACGUUCGCUGGUGAAUAAAAGUUUCGUAGUUAUAACGGCAAUUAGCGAACCGUAUGGUAUGUUGAAAGACUCGCCUGCUAAGUUGGAAGGCAACGAUCAAUUUGAAGGCUUCGGUAUUGAAUUGAUUGAAGAACUUGGCAAGAAACUGGGCUUUUCGUAUACGUUUCGCUUACAGGAGGACAAUAAAUAUGGCUCAUUGAAUCCCGUUACCAAGGAAUGGAACGGUAUGCUUUUGGAAAUUAUGGAAGACCGAGCCGACUUGGGCAUAACGGAUUUGACUAUGACUUCAGAUCGUGAGAGUGCUGUUGAUUUUACAAUUCCUUUCAUGAAUUUAGGUAUUGCAAUAUUGUUUCGCAAACCAAUGAAAGAGCCACCAAAAUUAUUCUCAUUCAUGUCACCAUUUUCUGGUGAAGUGUGGUUAUGGCUGGGUAUAUCCUGUGUAAGUGUUUCGCUUAGUAUGUUCAUAUUGGGACGCAUUUCGCCGGCUGAGUGGGAUAAUCCGUAUCCGUGCAUAGAAGAGCCCACCGAGCUUGAAAACCAAUUUAGUUUAACUAAUUGCUUUUGGUUUUCUAUUGGCGCUCUAUUACAACAAGGCUCUGAAUUAGCGCCCAAAGGAUUUUCGACACGUUCUGUGGCCUCAUUUUGGUCAUUUUUCAUACUGAUUAUGGUUUCAUCGUACACAGCUAAUCUAGCGGCCUUUCUAACGGUAGAAUCACUUAGUACACCCAUCGAGAAUGUUGAAGAUUUAGCCGCCAAUAAGGGUGGCGUUAAUUAUGGCGCUAAGCUUGGUGGCAGUACUUUUAAUUUUUUUCAGGGUGCAAAAUUUCCCACCUAUCAAAAAAUGUAUGAGUUUAUGGAUUCUCAUCCUGAGUAUAUGACAUCAACGAAUGCCGAAGGUGUUACACGUGUGGAAAAUGAAAACUAUGCAUUUUUAAUGGAAUCCACAACCAUUGAAUACAUUACCGAACGACGUUGUACUUUAACCCAAGUUGGUACUUUACUGGAUGAGAAAGGUUACGGCAUCGCCAUGAAAAAAAAUUCUCCAUAUCGAGAUGUCCUCAGCCAAGCCGUCCUGGAGUUGCAGGAACAAGGUGUGCUUGUAAAAAUGAAGACAAAAUGGUGGAAAGAGAAACGAGGCGGCGGUGCGUGUACGGGCGUGGAAAGCGAUAGUGGAGCUUUGGCUUUAGAAAUCAGCAAUCUUGGUGGUGUAUUUUUGGUACUAAUCGCUGGCUCUUUCUUUGGCUUAUUUGUGUCCAUUGUGGAAAUGAUAUGUGGCGUUAAGCAGCGUUGCGAUGAGAACAAGAUUCCCUUCAAGACUGAACUUAUGGAAGAAAUACGUUUUGUUUUGAAAUGCUCUGGCAACACUCGGCCAGUGAAAUAUCCUAAACCAUCACGCAGUGCUAGUUCCAGAUCGAAAUUUUCUGUUUCAUCGAAAGACUCCUCUUCUGUAACCGUCGAUUCCUUGGCGACCGACGAUCAACAAUUACAAAAAAGGAAAAAAUAAUUUCGCAUCGAGAAUACAAUUUCAAAUAAAUGAAUUCAUUAAUCCUCAGUACUCUUCUUUAUUCGAUAAAUUGAAUGAAGGUCACUAUAAGGAAGUAUAAUCAGCAUCUUUUUAGAAUAAAGUAUAAAAAAUAAUACUAUUUACACGAUCUGCCAUCCUUGUGGAAGUUCAAAGUCCAUCUUCUUAUUUAUCAUGCGGUCUUAGUUUGGUAAAGUAAACGUUGUGGUAUUCUAGGAAAGCUUUCUGUUUCAAACCCAGUUAGGAAGGGACAUGCUCAUCGGUCCAAAAAGUGCAGUUAACAGGUGUAAACCAACACACAAUCACAAUUGGGUUGGGCCGAGUAUCAAAUAUCUCCCAUAUGACUUCGCUUAAUAUAAAGUUCUAUUAUACAUAAGUGUAGUUGAGAUUCUAUUCUUCAUCUCUUUUCAUCAUAACGUAUUAAAGGAUCAUGGAGAUUUACCACGACCAUGGA